AUGUCGAUCGUACCUCAGGGCGAGCUGGCGCGGGAGAGCGGCGGUGGGCCAUUCCUAUACCCGCAGUUGACAGCGACAAACUACACGAGCUGGGUGAUUUGCGUGCAGGCGAUGAUGGAAGAUCAAGGCGUAUGGGAGGCAAUCGAGCCAGUGACCGGUGCGGCCGUCGACGAGAAGAAGGACAAGAAGGCGAGGUCGCAUCUCUUCCAAACGCUCCUAGAGGAUCUCCUUAUGCAGGUGGUAAGGAAGAAAACUACGAAGGAGGAGGGAGAGACGCUGGACCAGUACGCCGGAAGGCUCAAUAGCAUGUCCGUCAGGUACAUAAACCUAGGAGAGACGCUUGAUGAUGCUACAUUGGUCAAAAAGCUGUUUGACAUUGUGCCGGAUCGAUUCCUGAAUGUGAUCGUCGGGAUCGAGCAGUUCUACGACCUCAACAAGAUGCCGUUCGAGGAAGCCAGGGGUGGCUUAAGGCAUUUGAAGAACGCUGAGUGGCAGGCGCGGCAGAAGAAGGAUGUUGGCAACUCCUCAUCAAGCAACAAGGGCAAAUCCCACCUUGCUGUAGAUAGCAGCAACCGCGACCGGGGUGGUCGUGGAUGCGGUAGAGGCCGUGGCAAAGGUGGUCGCGGCGGUAUGUCAUGCAAUGACGAGGAGAGCGGCUCAGGCGGCGGUCGCCGCAACAAGAGCCACAUCUGGUACUUCAACUGCUACAAGAUGGGGCACUACGCGAACAAGUGCAAGGCACCGAAGAAGAAGGAAGACGAGACACAUCUCACUUGUGCUGACGACACUGAGCCAGCCCUGCUACUCAUGGUGUCAGAAGAGCCAACACAAGAACAGUAG